GUCUCCGUAAUUGAACAAACAAAGUAGUGUUUAUGACUUUUUCUGAUUUGAUUUCAGCCAAACUUAUUUCAUAAAUGCGAUCCGGUUUAGAUUUUAUUGAAUAAUUAAAUUAAUUGGUAAUAGUGGAACAUGCUGUGAAUUUAAAGUUAGAAGUGUGACAAAUCGACAAGUUUGAAUUCUGAAAAUACGCUAACGAAUGGCUAACGUAAAUUUUAUGCCUAUUCAAACCAAAGCCUCACUGAUACGGAAGCAGUCCAACGACAAUGACUUUCAGGUAACUGUUUUCGAGCCACAGAAGGCGAAAGCGAAUAAACCAAAGCUUGCCAGAAAAGUGUCUCUUUCCGAUCCGGACGGAAAAUCCGAUGGCGAGGAAAACAUUGAUGACAUAUUUUCGGAUGCCCGGCGGCGUAAACGGAAGGCCGGCAACGACGACUCUCAGGUGUUCGACAUAAGCCGGGCUCGCAAGGAGGUGAUCAAUUACGGCAUUUCGGGACUGGAUCGGGAAACAAAACACGAAGCAAAAGUAGCACUGGCGAUCAAGUUGGGUGCAAAGCCGCCAAAGAACCAGUAUAGAAACUACAAGGAAAUACUGGAGGAAAGGAAGCGCGAGAAGUUCGACGCGGAUCGUGAAAGCCGACGCCGGAAGGGUCAAAGCUAUGGGGCAGUGCGAUCGUACCAGCAGCAGAAACAAAGAGUAAGGCAGAAAGCCAGCAAUCCGAAUAGUGUGACCAAGCAUUACGGAAUUGUUAAUCCGAAGAUGGAUUCCGACCGGAAAAAGCGGAAGAGUAAAUAAAGCAGUUCUAACGGGAA